CACUGCUAUUACCUCCUGAAGAAUUCAUAUCCGCCAUUUCAGAACCCACAUAAAACAUUUUGUGAGAUAUGGUCAAAAAGUAAAACUUUGUACUCAUUUUAUACAUUAAAUUCCACUUCAGUCGGCUUGACCAGUAUUUCUGGAUUUGUCCAUUCUGUCGUAUUGAUCAAACGGGGCACACAGGAUAACGAUAUUGACUUUCCACUGCUUUUGUUAUAUAUAUGCCCACAUAUACAACCAUCCCGCCGCCCUUAGCAAUACAAACUUGAGCAUAACAAGCCACAUGACAAUAAGAAUGUUCACUUGUGUGAAAUCUUACCUGCAGAGGUUCUGCCAAGAUGGUUUCCAACGAAGUGGUGAAUAUAGCUCCAGUGAGCUGCUACCCUCUCUUGGAGCAACAAUCAACCAUUCCAACAAGCUCCGCAAAUAUAUUGUCUCCCCAUACAACCCUUAUUACAGAGCCUGGGAGAUGUUCUUGAUUGUCCUUGUUGUUUAUUCAGCUUGGGUCUGCCCAUUUGAAUUUGCAUUCCUCAGAUACUUGCCAAACACACUGUUUCUUGUUGAUAAUAUCGUCAAUGCUUUUUUUGCAAUCGAUAUUGUUCUUACAUUCUUUGUAGCUUAUCUAGACCACAAGUCCUACCUACUUAUUGAUAAUCCAAAGAAAAUAGCAACCAGGUACUUAUCGACAGGGUUCAUAUUUGAUCUAUGUUCAACGGCACCAUUCCAACCAAUAAGCCUCUUGUUCACAAAACAUGGCACAGAGCUUGGCUUCAAAGUCCUCAAUAUGCUACGGCUUUGGCGUCUUCGCCGUGUCAGUAAACUGUUCGCAAGACUCGAGAAAGAUAUUCGCUUCAACUAUUUCUGGGUCAGAUGCACAAAACUCAUCACGGUAACUCUUUUUGCAGUUCAUUGUGCUGGAUGUUUUAACUAUAUGAUUGCAGACAGAUACCCUGAUCCGAAGAGAACCUGGAUAGGUGCCGUGAUGCCAAAUUUUAGGGAAGCAAGUUUGUGGAUCAGAUAUGUAACAGCUAUGUAUUGGUCCAUUACUACCCUGACAACAACCGGCUAUGGGGACUUGCAUGCUGAGAAUGCAAGAGAAAUGUUAUUCGAUGUCUUCUACAUGUUGUUCAAUUUAGGACUCACAGCUUACCUUAUCGGAAAUAUGACAAACCUCGUUGUCCAUGGAACCAGCAGAACCAGAAACUUCAGGGACACAAUCCAGGCUGCCUCUGAAUUUGUGGCUAGGAAUCAGUUACCUAAGGCCAUAGAGAACCAAAUAUUAUCGCAUAUAUGCCUCAGAUUUAAAACAGAGGAGCUGAAACAACAAGAAACUUUGAAUGGCCUCCCAAAAGGCAUUCGCUCAAGCAUAGCUCACUACCUCUUCUUUCCCCUUGUCCAAGAAGCCUACCUUUUCCAGGGAAUUUCCUAUGAUUUCAUUUUUCAACUGGUUACAGAAAUGCAAGCUGAAUAUUUUCCACCCAAGGUGGAUAUAAUAUUACAGAAUGAAGCUCCAACCGAUAUUUACAUACUCGUAUCAGGAGCAGUAGAUCUGAUAGCAUAUGUUGAUGGAAAUGAGCAAGUAUGUGGAAGGGCAAUUGCAGGGGAAGUGUUUGGUGAUAUAGGAGUUUUAUGUUACAGACCGCAACCAUUCACUGUUCGAACCACUGAGCUCUCUCAAAUUUUACGGCUUAGCAGGACCACAUUGAUGAAUAUAAUGCGAGACAACAUUGAAGAUGGAACUAUUGUCAUGGACAAUUUUUUUAAGAAGCUCAAGUUAAAUGGAAGUUCAUAUACAGCAGAGCAGCAUAUGGAUUUAAGAAUAUUUCUAACUGAUUGGAUUGAGGGAAGACGGGAAAGAUGGGAGAGUCCUCCCACAGGAUACAGACUAAGAAUGCAUAAUGCGAAUACUGGAAAACAAGGAGAUAAUCUGGGUAAUGAAGCUGAUCCAAGCUCAACAAAUAUAGAUGGAACUAGGGCACUAAAUGCAGACACUCAAAAUGGUUACUUUGAAAUGCUUGAUUUGUUGGUCAACAAAGAAGCUAGCAUGGAGAAACAAAAUAGUAUUGGAUUGAACCAAAGAGGCAUCUCCAAAAUUUUGUCAAGUUGUCCAAACAGAGACAAAAAACAGGAAGAAAACCAAGAAUUGAAUGGAAUGAGAAUGAGAGAUAUUAUCACACGCAGGAAUGUUCAACCACUAGACAGUAUGGCUUGCAGUCUAUUGCUGAGAAAACAAAAAUUUGUGGAGGCAAUGCCAAUAUCAUGUUCAAGAAACAGGGAUUACUCAGCUGAUAGCAAUGCCAUAAAAAGGGCAGAUAAAAGAGUCACAAUACACAUGCACUCUCAAAGGGAAAGCGCAAGAGAUCACUUUGGAAAGGUGAUAAGCAUGCCGGAUUCUCUGGAGGAGCUCUUAAUAAUCAGUGGUCAGAAGUUUGUCGGUUACCAUCCAACGAAAGUUGUCAACCAAGAGAAUGCAGAAAUAGAUGACAUCAAUGUAAUCCGAGAUGGAGACCAUCUAUUUCUCCUUGAGAUUUGAUGCAAGAUCUAUUUCUGAGAAUUGAGAAUUAUCGAAAAAUGAAUAUAGUUACACUGACCCAACAACAACUUGUAUGAGACCAAGGCAUGGCCGCACUCAAGCAUGUAGCUAUGUUCAAUGAAUAAUCAUCCAAUCAAGAAGAGCACUUACUAACUGCACUUUAUCAUGAUAUAAAGUCAUAAGCUUGGUUAACGUACCUAAAUGCAUUUUGUUCAAGUAGAGAAAUAACUCAUUUAGUUCACAUACUGAAGAAUAAACCAUUAGAA